AUGUCAACAAGCCUCAAUAUUAGUGCAUUAUUUACACUCGGAUAUAAUUCACACUUUUCAUUCAAUUUCACUCGGGCAUUAUUUAUUAUCCUCUUCAUCAUUUACAAUCGGGUAUUAUUUACUCUGCUCUUCAUCAUAUACACUCGGGCAUUAUUUGCUAUCCUCUUCAUUAUAUACACUCGGGCAUUAUUUACUCUGCUCUUCAUCAUAUACACUCGGGCAUUAUUUGCUCUCCUCUUCAUUAUAUACACUCGGGCAUUAUUUACUCUGCUCUUCAUCAUAUACACUCGGGCAUUAUUUGCUCUCCUCUUCAUUAUAUACACUCGGGCAUUAUUUACUCUGCUCUUCAUCAUAUACACUCGGGCAUUAUUUCCCCCCCUUUCAUUAUAUACACUCGGGCAUUAUUUACUCUCCUCUUCAUUAUGUACACUCGGGCAUUACUUACACUCCUCUUCAUCAUAUGCAUUCUGGUAUAAAUUACUCUCCUCUUCAUCAUAUACCCUCGGGCUUAUAUAUUCCCACCUUCAUUAUAUACACUCGGGCAUUACUUACACCAACAUCAUUAUUUACACACGGACAUUAUUUACAAUUGGGCAUUAUUCACACUACUCAUCAUUAUUUACACUCGGACGUUAUUUACACAUCAUUAUUCAUGCUAUCCAUCAUUAUAUGCACUCAGACAUUAUGUACACCCAUGAUCCUUAUUUACAUGCGGGCAUCAUUAUUUUCACUUGGACAUUAUUUACACCCAUCAUCAAUAUUUUCUUCUUGACAUUAUUUACACUUCCUCAUCAUUAUUUGCACUAA